CUUCUAAAUCUUUCGUAUUUUGAUAGAAUCACUCAAUAAAAUAAUAACAAACGCAGCCGUUAAAAAAGGGUGAAAAACAUAGUGGAGCCCUAUCCUUGUCUCUCUCGUAUCCCUUUCCUCUGUUCCAUCUUCUUCCUCCGCCGAUCUUCCUUUGCUCUUUCCUCUUCUUGUUCUUCUGUUUUUUUUUUUAUAUUUAUUUUUCUCUCUUAAAACCCAAUUCAAAAGAACCAAGCAAAGAAAAACCUCCCUAUUAGAAUCUUCCUUAAUCUUCAGAGAGAAUUAGUUUCCAAUAUAUAACAAUGGUUGCAAACUCAGAAGAACCGACAAUGGCAACAAGAGACAGUAUUUACAGAGCUGCAAGGAGUAUAAAGCGACGAGACAACAGUCUCUACAACGCUCUUCGAUCUAUCUACCAAGACUCCAUCUUCGUCCACGAGAUCUCUCAGCUUUGGCCUAAACUUCCUCUCGUUGCAAACCUUCGUUGUGGUCUCUGGUACUCUCCCAAAUUCGAUGCCACUUGCUACUUCAAAUCCACCGAUGGUCAUACCAACAAUUUGUCCUUUAAUACUUGUCGUCUCAAUCUCCAUCUUCCUCUUCUCGCUGGAGAAAAAGGAGGAUGUAUCAUUAUUGAUUCUACUCGGAAAGGAAAGCGUUUUCCGGAUAGCAUGUCGAAAACGAUACCUAUAUGGUCUUGUGUAUUGAACCGUUCAAUAGUUAAUCAUUGGAAGAGACUAUGUAACAUUGAUGCAGGUUUGACUAGUGAUGAUGGUGAGAAGAUAAGGGAAUUGUUAGAUAAAUGGGAUUGUUCGUUACAUCUACCACUUUGGGUUUCAAAUUCUGAGAGGGCCUCUAUUGAAGCUAGAUUGGAUGAGUGGACAAGACAAUUAGAUGAGAGUGGAGCUGAUAUAGCUACUCUAGCUUCAUCUUUGAGAAAACCUUUGCGGCCUCUUUGGGUUUCACAGAAAACUGUCAUAUGGUUGAAUGAAGUACCUGAGCAUGAUUCAUGGGAUUUCACACCUCUCGUUCUUGUCUCGGCUUCUGCUUCUGGUGAACUUCAAAACAGAACCAGUUCAGAGUUUAGUUGGAAUUAUAUUCCAGGAGCUGGUGAUGAUGAAGAGAGUUGGGCUAGAGGUUUAUCUCCAAAUGAUUUUUGGACACAUGUUGAUGAUCUUAUUCACUCGGGGCCUGACUUGUGUAACCAGAAAGUUGCAGAGAUUGUUGAAAACGAUAGAGUGUAUCGAGCGCAGAGAGGUCAUGAAGCUCCUCAGGUUGUUGUCAAAUGCUCAAAAUCUAAUGGUGGAGUCAAUCACGCUAAGAGUGGUGAAAUCAUAUCUCUUACUGCACAAAAACCUAAAGUUGAUGAAGAAAGUUUAGUAUUUUGGUUGGCAUCAACAAAUCUUGCUGUUGGAGCAUCACAAGUAGCUGGUAAGGUGACAUCAAUUGACUGCAUAUUAAAUUGUGAUCAAAACCCCAUCUCAGUCCCUGUAUCAUAUCUUGAAGAGUAUUUGCAUCUACCCAUGAAGGGUUCAAAAUUUGAUAGAUUUUCUAUAUCAAGAAAUCUUCGUUCCGCGGUUAAUUUUGCUAAGCUCAAGAUGAGUUCAGGGAAGAAAGUCUUAGUUUGUUGUCAAGUUGGGGAAGAUAUCAGUAUAUGUGUUUGUUUGGCCAUCUUGAUGUCAUUAUUCAAUGAAGAAGGGGACUUUGAUGGUGGAAAAUCCUUUGAAGAGAAGAGUAUAACAAAAAUGGAUAUGCGAAGGAUGCUAAUAUUUAUAUGCAAAUACGCGGUGAAUGCUAGACCAUCUAGAGGCAAUCUAAAGCAAGUUUUUGGUUUUCUCUCGUCUCAGCGGGAAAAUUCAGACUAGUAAAGUAGAAAAAUGCUCCAUGUAUGAAGAUGUAUGAUGUAUCCCUCAAGCUUUUUUUAGUUGGAAAAUCUUACAUUUACGAUAGUGUUGUUGUUUUGGUAGACUUUUUUUGUGUGUGUACUAAGAAAAAACUAAUUAUCACUGAUUUGCAAAAUGCUGGUAAAAUCUAUACUAACUUCAUUA